CGCCCUCCGAUCCCCGACGACAACGACAACGAACUUCCGCCCGCCAACCCUCCCUUUCGCCCACGCAAACCUCGUCGACAAACCUGCACCUCUCCCUCCAACCGGUAAGUUCGCCUCGCCUCGAAACCCGAGCUUUUUGAAUCCCCCUUACCUUUUCUCCCAUCUCGUCCGAUGGCCCGGACUAUGAUCGCAAGAGAAAAGAAAGGGCUUCGGACACUCAAAAUGGCUCGACUGACGUAAACCCCCACCCGGGGAGCAAAGCAAACAUGGUCAAGACUUCCGUCCUCAACGAUUGCUUGAACGCCAUCAACAACGCCGAGAAGGCCGGGAAGAGACAGGUCCUCAUUCGCCCGUCGUCGAAGGUCAUCGUCAAGUUCUUGCACGUUAUGCAGAAGCACGGUUACAUCGGCGAGUUCGAGGAGGUCGACGACCACCGCUCCGGCAAGAUCGUGAUCCAGCUUAACGGCCGCAUCAACAAGACCGGCUGCAUCAGCCCGCGCUACAACGUCAAGCUCGGCGACCUCGAGAAGUGGGUUGCCAAGCUCCUGCCGUCGCGUCAGUUCGGCCACAUCGUCCUGACCACCUCUGCGGGUAUCAUGGACCACGAGGAGGCCCGUCGCAAGCACGUUGCCGGAAAGAUCAUUGGAUUCUUCUACUAGAUGUUUUUCGCUAGAUAGUCGAGUUUAAUAAUAAAAAAAGGAUCGGCGUUGGUCUGCUUUGGUUUCAAUGGGCGUGAAUUGAGCGUGUUUCGGUGUAUCUUUAAUAAAUGCCAUUUCUCGGGUUCCUUCACGAUGGGAUUUCUUCUUUUUCCAAACUCAAUUCGAAUUGACUUUUGCAAAAGUCACCAACUUUAUAAAAG